AUGCUUGGUAAGCAAUGGAGUGCUCUUCUCAAACUGAUUCAGGAUGUUUCUGCCGUUUUCUCAAUUAUAAUUAACAGUUUUCUGAUUCUUCUAAUCUUGACAAAAUCUCCAAAGCAACUUGGAGCUUACAAAUGGUUGAUGAUAUAUAUUUCAGUGUUUGAAAUUCUUUAUUCCAUUCUGGAUGUGGUUUAUGUCCCGCAGCAUUACUCGCAUGGACCAACUUUCCUAGUGAUUGUUGGAAUCCAACAUAAACUGUUUGGACCAGCUGGUCUCACUGUCUUGAACUCAUUUUAUUGGGGCUUCUUUGGUGCAUCCAUGGCCGUUUUUGCCGUUCACUUUGUCUAUCGCUGGCUUGUGGUUUCCGAAAAUCCUCUUCUUGAAACAUUCAAUGGGUGGAAGAUCUGGAUUUGGUUUUCAGUUCCUCUUUGGUAUGGGUUUUGGGUCUGCACCGGAUAUUUCCUCUCCGCUCCCAAGAAUGCCACAUCUCAUUUUAUUAGAGAUAACGUAAAAGAGAUUUUCGAGUUGGAAUUUGAUGAAUACAUUUAUCUGUGUCCGUUUUUGUAUGAGAGAAUGGAAGAUGGCUCCCUACAACUUCAUGUCAUGCCGUUUACUGGAUUGGGUAUCUUUUCCGCAACGAUUGUAUCUUCAAUCAUAAUUGUACUUGUUUUUGGAUAUCUGUGCUACGAUAGAAUCAAUCGUCUUGUAGCGACAACUCAAGCAUCUGCAAAGUUCCAAAAACUUCAACGGCAACUUUUCUAUGCUCUCGUUAUUCAAACACUUAUUCCUUUUGUGCUGAUGCAUAUUCCAGCCGCAAUCAUGUUUGCAUUCGUCUUUUUGGAUAUUGACUUGGGAGUUUAUAGUGCUGUCGUAUCAAUGACGAUAGCCAUAUACCCAGCUGUUGAUCCUAUUCCAACUUUAGUAAUUGUGGAAAACUAUCGAAAAACCAUAUUGAGUAUGGUGCUACUUCUAGAAAUCAAAACUUUAAAAAUUUUGUUUCAGGAAUGCUGGGCUGCUUCAGUAAAACGAACCCGAUGGUCAGUUCAACAGGCGAUAUGUCGAAAAUUUAAUGUUUAA